UGAGUUCAUUUCCAUGGCAACGUUUUGCGUUGUUGGUUGUCAUGAGAGUGGCUUGAGAAAGCUUGCGCCUCGAUGCCUCUCUCUCAGAAGGUGACCAUUCGCUAUGGCCCAUAUGAGUCGUGCGGGGUGGUGGACUACAGGACCUCACGGCUGAUCGGACUUAAGACAAUGUUAGAAGAUAAUGGUCACUCCUGGGUUGAAGAACAAUCUCCUGACUGGAAUAUUGUGGAACUUGUUGUGAAUGGAGAAGUUGUCUUCACAUGUAACAUAACAGACCUAGAUUUCGGAUUCAAGUCAGAAUAACUGAUGCCAAGAUUAGGGAAGGCAUUUUUGUUGGCCCACAAAUCAAACAGAUCAUCAAUGACAGACAAUUCACAGAACCGCUAGUGGGACUGGAAAAAAUCACAUGGAAGGUAUUCAAGGAUGUUGAACAUUUUCUUGGCAAUUACAGAGCACCAAACUACGUGCAGCUGGUUGACAAUGUGCUUCGAGAACACAAAACCAUGAAAUGCAACAUGUCACUGAAGAUUCAUUUUCUGCAUUCCCACUUAGACUUCUUUCCUGAAAAUCUUGGUGCUGUCAGUGACGAGCACGGUGAAAGGUUUCACCAGGACAUUGCAGUCAGCGAGAAAUUAUAUCAGGGCAACAGGAAUCCAUCAAUGCUGGCUAAUUAUUGUUGGAUACUUAAGUGAGUAGUCUCAGACACUGAGAACAAAGGAAAAUCAUCAACAAAACAUUUUGAUUUUCAUUGACUAUUGCAAAGCAUCAGCACUAUUAUGCAAUUAAACACAUUAAAUUCAAGAAAAGUUAAUUUCUUGUUUCUCCAAAUUCCUACAUGAUACAAGUUGUCUGAAAUUAUAUUUGUGUUCAGCCUCAAGCGGUCCAUCAUAAGCAAAAAAAAUUUCUGGGGAAACAAUACUUCUGAAAAAAUUGUUGUCCAGUGAUAUUUGAUAUCUUUUCUAAGCCUGUUUAAAUUGUGCAAAUACUGUAUUCAUACAAAGUUUGCCAGAUAGUUGAGGUAAAAGUAUAAAUUACUACUUUUUCUGAAUUGAACUGUUGCAUUUGAUGCACAUUUUGGCUUAAUUCCUGUCAUUUCUGAUGUGGUUCGUAUGGAUUGUCCUUUUUGAGGCAUUUAGAUAUCAGUUUUGGUCUGUCCACAGGAAAACUGUGACAAAGCACGACUGAGAAUUGAGUUCUGCCACAGAUGACUGCAGAGGCAUAGUCUUUGUAAAGAGAGGUUGAUGGAUUCUUGAUCUAUAAGGGCAUCCAAGGUUAUGGGGAGAAGGCAGGAGAGCCUGUGGCUUAACCAGCAUGAGCUUCCUCAUUUUCUAGUUGUUUGUUUCAUUUAAUUCAGUAUAAUUUUAUUUCAUUCUAACUGACUGCAUCACUGCCUGCUAAGGUGGGGGGGGGGGGGGCGGGAGCUACUGCACAGGAUUGAAAUAAGCCUCAGAGAGCUGUAAAAUUAGUCAGCUCUAUCAUGGGCACUAGUAGUACCCAGGACAUCAUCAAGGAGUGAUGCCUCAAAAAGGCACCAUCCAUCAUUUAGGGCCCUCACCACACAGGACAUGCCCUCUUCUCAGGAAGGAGGUACAGAAGCUUGAAGGCAAACACUCAGCAAACAGGAUCAGCUUCUUUCUCUCUGUCAUCUGAUUUCUGAAUCAAUAUUGAACCCAUAAAAGAACCCCACCAUUUCUUUCUUUCUAUUUUUGCACUACUUAUUACAUAUACAUUAUAAAUAAAAACUGUAAUAGUUUUUUCCUAUUUUGCCUAUUAUCAUGUAUUUCAUUGUACUGCUGCCACAAAGUUAACAAAUUUCAAGAAAUAUGCCAGUAAUAUUAAACAUGAUUCUGAUUCUGACACAGAUUUUUACUUACCCAUACUAAAAGUCACAUUCAUUACAUGUGACACCCAAAAUGCUGGAGAAACUCAGCAAGCCAGGAAGCAUCUAUGGAGGGGAAUAAAUAGUCAACAUUUCUGGCUGAGACCCUUCCUGAUCAGUCCUGAUGAAGGGCCUCAGCCCAAAAUGCCAACUGUAUAUUCCCAAACAUUGAUACCGUACUGCCUGAAAUGCUGAGUUCCUCCAGCAUUUUGUGUGUAUUACUCAAGAUUUCCAGCAUCUGCAGAAUCUCUUUUGUUUAUUCAUCACACGUAGUCUUGUUCAGUCUGCCAGAAAAAGCGGGAUCUCCCAGUGGCCAUCCAUUUUAAUUCCACUUCCUAUCCCCACUCUGACAAUGUCAGUCCAUGGUUUUCACUACUGUCACAAUGAGGUCAUACUGAGAAUGCAGGAGCAACACCUUAAAUUCUGUUUGGGUCACCUGCAACCUGAUGGGAUGAACAUCGAUUUCUCAAACUUCCAGUAAGGUCUCCACCUCACCCUCCUUCAUCAUUUCCCAUUCCCUUUUCCCUCUCUCACCUUAUCUCCUUGCCCACUGAUCACCUCCCUCUGGUGCUCCUCCCAUUUUCAUUCUUCCAUGGCCUUCUGUCCUCUCCUAUCAGAUUCUCCCUUUUCCAGCCCUGCAUCUCUCUCACCAAUCAACUUCCAAACUCUUUUCUUUAACUCCCCCCACCUCCUGGUUUCCACUAUCACCUUGUAUUUCAUCCUCCCCUCCCCCCACCUCUAACUCUGACUUAACAUC